CUCGGAGGAAGCGGGAACACCAUAAGUCCCGGUCUGAUUGAAUUUGUCUCCACGCUGGCUGGCCUGCUGCCUGAAAAAAUCCAAAGCUUCACACAUGGCUUGUGAGAAAGAAAUAUGGCAAAAGAUUGGAGAGGGCUUUGUGCAAGAAUAUUACAACCAGUUUGACAAUACCAAUAGGAUGGGACUGGGUAACCUUUAUUCUGCUGAUGCUUGUUUGACAUGGGAAGGAUCACCUUUUCAAGGAAGAGAAGCCAUUACAGGCAAACUAGCAAACUUGCCUUUCAAGCGUAUUAAGCACAUUAUCACAGAACAAGACUUCCAACCCACGAUAGAUAGCUGUAUCCUCAUCAUGGUGUUUGGACAGUUGCAGGUCGAUGAUGAUCCACCAAUGGCCUUCCAUCAAGUGUUUAUGCUGAAGAACCAAAACUGUGCAUGGGCUUGCACAAACGAUGUGUUCCGGUUGGGGAUACAUAACAUACCAGUGUAGCAAUCUGGAUUUGUUGGCUCACACACAUUGAGAUCCACUUCUGAAUUCAUGCUGGGGUCAUCAUUGAAAACGCAAGGCAUUAUAUGCAAAAUUCCUCAAUGUUGACAAUACAUGUGUAAGCAUGCUGUUAGUAGAGAAAUGCCAAACUACAUUCCUGUCCAAUAAAAGAAUUUAUUAGUCUGAA